GGGAAAGCAACACGGACGGAGCUAACGUUAGCCAGCUACCUUAAAGCGACACCGACAAGGUUAUUUUAGGUUGGUGGCCGAGGGAAAACGGAAUAUAAGCUUUUGACGCUACACCACCUGUGCCUGGGCUUUGGCAGGGAGCAGAAAGCACCGUGCCGUUCCCCGUGCUCCUCUCAUGUCCCUCCCCCGUGUGUCCCGGCCCGUCGGUGUCCCCUCGUCGCCCCCGCUCUGUCUCCGUCUGUGCUCCCCUCUUCCACCCUGUGUCUUCCUACCCCUCAUGCACAGGACGUCGCUGCCUCUGCGCCAGCCCAAUGACUGCCUGGAUCGUCCUGCCUGUCAGCCUGGCUGCCUUCUCCAUCACCGGAAUAUGGAUAGUAUACGCCAUGGCCGUGAUGAACCACCACGUGUGUCCUGUGGAAAACUGGUCCUACAACGUGACGUGUUCAGAAGAGACGGCCAAACCAGGCUUCCCCAAAACAUGCUGCACCAUUCAGGACAUCCCGCUCAUCAGUAAAUGUGGCUCCUUCCCACCAGAGAGCUGCCUUUUCAGCCUCAUCGGAAACGUAGGAGCCUUCAUGGUGGUGAUGGUGUGUCUUCUGCGUUAUGCUCAGAUUAUCGAGCACAAUCAUCACUGUUGGACAAACACCAGCGGCCUGGUGUCCGGCUUCAGUAAUGCAGUGGGUCUGGUCAUGGUGGGAAACUUCCAGGUGGACCACGCUAAGACCCUUCACUACGUGGGAGCGGGUGUGGCGUUUCCUGCCGGCAUGGUGUUCGUAUGCCUGCAGUGUGUGUUGACCUACCGGGUGGCCGUCACUGCCCUCGACUAUUGGAUGGCCCACGUUCGCGUUGCUCUCGCCGCCGGAUCCCUGGUGUCUCUCGUCCUCAGUGGCAUCUUCUUCAUCCACGAAAGCUUCGUCCUGCAGCACGCCGCAGCCAUCUGCGAGUGGGUCUUCACUGUGGUCAUCCUUGUCUUCUACGGAACUUUCACCUACGAGUUUGGCACUGUCACCAGCGAGACUAUGAUGGCCGGCCUCCAGAGAAACCUUCCUCAUGGGUCCAGCGUCAUUCUCAGGGGUGGGUCUGGAGGCCUCGGGGGAGGAGCUUCAAAGGGUCUGAAGUCACCCGGAGGGAGCAGCACCUCAACACAUUUGAAUUGCACACCGGAGAGCAUAGCUAUGCUUUAGAAUCACAAAGACUGCCUGAAAAGUUGCUGAGUGACAGGACAAACCCAUAGAGGGCGAAAAGCAGUGUUUACUCUUUCUGAUAUCAGAGUAGUCCUGCUUUGCACGGGUUGGUGUAGAGUUCUUCAACCCCAAAUUCAGUUUCUGGCCUUGGGUUUUGUAAUCACUGGUAGUUAAUUUGUGUCACAGAACAGAGUUUCUCAACUCCAUUCUUGGGUACCCUCUGCUCUGCACUGUCUCAGUUUUCUCUCCAGUAUACCUGAUCCAGCACAUCAAGUAUGACACCAGGUAGCUAAACAGCAUUUCUGUUGAGUACCACUAAUUACAAAAUCCAGGGACUAGAAACUAGAUUUAAGGUCCGGAGUUACUUGAGAAUACUUGUGGGUUAGUGGUUGCACAGGCACGAUCUCGUAACGAGAAUACACGUCUUGGGACAACUUGUUAAACUUUUGGUGCCAGAUCAUGGUGCUAACAAGGGUAUGGCCUCUCUAAACAUCGCCCACCAAUUCCUGUGGUCCGUGCGCUGGAGUUCAGUUGAUAAGCAAAACAAUCUAGCUAGCGAAUCGGUAUUGUUAGCUAACGGAACUGCAUUCCUGCGGAAAAAGGUAGUGUUUAUUUUUGACACACAUAUGAUGUCAUCUGUACUUUUUUGGACAUCCAUGCUAACUUAAUCCUACAUCCAUGGGCUAACAACAGUCUUGUUGUCCGUUGGGCGGUGUUGAUGAGUGCACCAUCGGCCCCUACCUUGAGCUCUUGGGUGUUGGGCAUUAGGUUGGUUUAGCAGUUUCACUGUUUGUUCCUACCCUAAUAGGUCUACAUUCCCUCCCACAUUUAGCCCAAAAUUUCUCAUGUCUGUCCCCAAGCGUUCUCAUUACGAGAUCACUUCUGGCUCCACAACACUAGUGCAUUGCUCUGGGAGUUAUGAUUUAGAAGGUAAACCACUAGUGCAGUGCAGGGGUAACCCUGGAGUACAGAGCAUAUGUUGGCCUAACUUGAGGCGGGUAAGUCAACAACCACCCUUUUCACAAAAUAGUUUGGCGAACAAUUAAAUUUAUGCAGUUUCCCCACCUUCAGAUGUAAUCAGUCAGCUGAGACAUGUUUGGUGUCUGAAGUUUGAUUCUUUAGUUUUGCACUGAAGGAUAAUGAAGCUAACGAGUAAUAGAAGCUUAUACCGCACCAAUUAGCAUCAUUUCUAAAUCAUUGCACACCUGAAUUGUUCAGAAAUAGACUUGCAUGUGUGGUUUUUGACACUGUAUGAUGCUGUUAUCUAUAAACAUGGACAAAAGUGUAGUCUUCAUGACCACGACUGCCGUUUUUAGCCAUGCUAGGACACAUUUGUCCAUUUAUACAGAUAACAGGAGGUCAGAUGUCUUAGCUCUUUGAUUAUAUUUGAGCUAAAGGGAAAAUUUCGUAAAUUUGUUUUUACGCUAAACUAUUUUUUUCACUACUGCUGUCCGCAGUGGCAUUUGUUCCGUCAGGUCAUUUCCACUUGGUCCAGAUUUGACUUCUCCACUGGUGUAAUAGAGGUAUGAUAUUCGGGCCAAAAAGAAAGCGAUUGGUCAUUUCAUUCGGGGUCAGGAACCUAUGGGUCAAGCUGGCUUAGCUUCGGCGAGUUUUUCGAUGCACAUAGUUUGUGAGGUUUGUUCGUUGCUGCCUGGAUUGUAGAAACCGAAGGAAUGGUGAGGGGGUUGUUAUGGUAAAAGGGGCGGUCCUUCGGUCUGCUGGAACUUGUUACUGUUUGCCCCUUACUGUUCGACAAUGAAGUAUUUGCACGUUACACGAUGAAUGAAAUAGAAAUUAAGCAUUUUUGUGUUUUGUUUUAUGGAUCUACUGAGACGGAAGUAUAUUCUGAAUGUGUGAGUGGCGCUCGGCCUAUAGUUAAGGAUGUUACUGUAUUUGUAUGACUUGUGCACACGUAUGAAUUUAGCGAAACAAUCUAAGAAUAAGAUAGAAUAGGUUGCGUGAAAUUGAGGAAAAGCGUGUCUUGAUACUAAUCUUGCACAUCUUUCCCUAUGGAAUCAUGGAUAACCAUUUUGUUCUGGUUAUUGUUAACCACGGCUUUUCACUGCAAAUUAUUAACAUGCCUGUGUUUAUAUCAAUAUAGUUUUUUUUUUUAUUCUCUAUGCUAUAGGCAUGAUACACAUUAUUCACAAGCGUCCAUAUCUUUCCAUGUCAGUGAUUAUUUUAUUUUACUUAUUUUUUUUAACCCAUAAGGCUUCAGCAGUUACCUACACCCACCCUCUGUUCUUCGGAGUUGUAUUCAUUACCAUAAGGUGACUGCUGAUCUUUCCUUGGUUUUAGGCUGGAUUUGCAUGGUGCAACUUCCAUGCAACUUGCGUGAAACUUGUUUGAAACUCAACUGCAACAGUUGGAAAUGUCUAAGCUUCAUGAAACAAGCCAAUAGCUGAGCUGAGAAUGUAUCAUGUAGUCACAUAAACAGGCAUCAUUUCAAGAGACUGAUUUCCAUCGAUACAUUAUGGAUGGUAAAAUGAAAUAGAGGUUUGGUUGUUUAAUAAUAAUUGUUGUAUAUUUUUGAUAACUACUUAGCUUAACUAGCUCGGUAGCUAGCUAGCCAGCAAGCUAACACCUGCAUUAAUUCUACUUUGUUAAAUGAUUUAUUUAGACAUCAGUAAAUUAAUUCAAACAAAUGCAUAACUUAUAUCUUGAAUGCCAAGCGCAAUUUUUCCCAACAUUAUUUAUAUUCCAUUUUUACAAACUUUUGCAUGCGACUGCGGUCUCUGAUGCUGGAAUGGUGACAAAUAGGGCUGAAUAAUUGCGACUAAUAUUGCGACUAUGGUUUAAAUUGUUCAUCUUUCCUUUAAAUUAAGGUUCCGGUCUGUUUUUUUAUUUUUGCCGAGAAGGCCAGAAUAUACACCUUUUCUGGCUUGAGGCUUGACCUGUAGUGUGCCAGUAAGUCGUGGUUGUGAUGUCACAACACAUGGAGGUUUGGUUGCUUUUGUUUGGCCUAAUUUAUCUACAGCUCCAUUUCGUUAGGUUAAAUUUCCCCACUUAAAACUUAAGACAGCAUUUUUGAUAAUGUAGACUAUAAUUGAAAAAUUGCAGCUCUUGCUUGAAAAUUUGAAAAUUACUCUUUCUUAAACUCCGAUUUCGAUAUAAAAACAAUUUAUCUUUCAGCCUGAGCGACAACCAAGAUGACGAAUCAGCUGUCUUCAGCAAAUAGGACUGUAUCCAAAACCACAUACUACACAUGCUACAUUGUUGGUGUGGUAUUUUGACAUAUUAUUGAGUCUGGUCGUAUUUGGGUUUGGAAUUUUUGCAAUUUUAGCUUGCUAUGUUGAUCUUUGUAGCUGGGUUUUUAAUUUUUGAAAAAGUGAUAUAAAAGAUUUACUUUUAUGUAGUGAUGCAAAAGUGAUAGAAAGACACAAUGUAAAAUAAAUUUCACAGAUUUUAUACAGGCUGAAAGCUACAAUGUGUAGGAAACUAGGCUAACGUUUCCCCAUAUAGGAACUGGUUUCCUGUAACGUAGUUAUGUAGUUAUGUUUCACGUAACUUCACGCAAAGUGUGGCUUGUUAUGAAAAGUUUCACCAUAUAAAGCCAGCCUAAACACCUUUUUCAUGCAAAGUGAUGUUUUUAAGCCAACAUGGUGGUCAAUUAUUUUGACUGAUGGCCAGUUCUUUUUGUUUUUGUACAUUUGUAUUCUGUUGCCAUGGUCCACCAAAGCAAUUCUGCUCAUUACAUUUUGUAUUGCAGUGACUAUGGCUUAGGAUAGUGCUGUUAACGUGUAGUAAGAGGACACAGUAACUAGAGAAACCUGAAUGCCAUUCUGGAAAAUGGUGCCAAGGCGCUGUAGUGAUGAUCUUUAAACAGAUGUAUAAAUGACUUGAACUCGAGAAUUGUACUGGUGUCCAGGCUGGUUCCUGGGAAACCAUGUUUGAAAGGUCUGAGAAAGCUGUUGGGGGCCUUAAUCUUCUGUUACUGCUGUUUCUGUGAGUUAGCAUUUGUAAUGGAGAGUGUCGAAGCUAGCAUCGAUCUGCCUGUAAAGUGGGGUCACACAUACACUGCCCAUCAAGUUUGAAGUCACCUUGGCUUUUUUGACUUUGUUCAUUUUUAGUUAGACAAGAAAGAAAUACAUACAUUUUGUUAGCAUAAAGCAGCUAUAUGCUAAUGCUACACAUACAUUUAUCUUCAACAGUCAUGAGCUUCAUACUCAUCAAACUCAUGUCUUCCUUGGUAUGAAGGUUUUGCCUGAAUAGUGAUUUCGUUUUCUGUUCCGAAAUUUUAAAAAAUGGAAAAAUUGGCUCAAAGCACUCUUUUGGUGGUGAGAUCACAACAGAAUGAGUGGCUUUUGGCUUUAUUCACAAGUAAGGUUGCUUCUGCAAAACAAAAUGGGAACGUUUUUUUAUUUAAUACGUUAAAUUAUUAUAAACGGACGAAGAAAACAUGCUAAUUUGUGUUAAGAACACUUUUCAAAGCUAGGCGUCCUCAAACAUUUGAUGGGUAUUGUGUAUAUACCCCUUACGUUCACUCUUGGUUAAGGAGGUUUGCGAUAUACCUUUGGUCUGUUAUUUGUUUUUUUUGUGUUUUUUUUUAUUUAAUUGCACCCUCUAGCGUCUUCUACCAAACAUCACUGCGAUAAAUUCCAGCCCAACAAGGAUUGUGCUGUUUCGCUCCCCAAAGCUUUUGACAUGAGCUUAUUAUAGGUUAGGCUUCAUUACACACUUCGUUGACCCAAAUGGCUUGUUUACAUUCUGUGCUAAAGAAUUUGAGUAUUUGAAUAUGUAAACGGUGCAGCUCAAGAGGGUUUCCAACCAAACCAAGCCAAAUCUGGCCUUAAUGGCUAAUGGUAGAUUUGAUUGAGUCCAAAAACAGUACAUUAUUACUCAGCACUGUAUAGGCUUAGUCACCACUGGACAUUCAAACUAGAGGUGGGCAAUAUGACUUUGAUAUCGCGAUACUUUUUGAUACUUUUCACUUUCAGAGAUACAUUCAUAGAUACAUUGGUGUGUUGAUUCGAUAUUUUUUUUAAAACAGCAAAAAUAGAGUGGCUUACAUUAAUAUUGUAAUGUUUUGAUUUUCAGUUUAAUAGUGCAUUUCAUUAUUCAAAAAAAUACAAUAUUUAAACCAAAUAUUGUAGCAUUCGGUUCUCCUGAUUGAAUGCUCUAGCAGCAAGCUAACAUACUAGCUACAAAAUAGUAGCAAUACAGUACACAUUAUAAAUUAUAUUUCAAAUUUUUACAGUUCAAAAUCUGAGUACAAUCAUUUUUUUAAUGAAAUUUUACAUGCACUGCACUGCACUACCUCCAAUUAGACAGAGCCAGUUACAUUCUCAUGAACUCAUGUCGUUUUCAAGGAAUCAAAUUCCAUAAAAGUGUGAAUCUUUAGACAGCUACCACAAGGCGGAGUAUCGGACUCUCCUUUUAAUGAAACAUGCAGUUGGUCAGUGGUUUUUGUGAACAAUAUCCAUGUGCAUACAAAAGCUUAUCGUGAUAACAAUAUAUCGUCAUAUCGCCCACCCCUACUUCAAACCAAAUAUUUAGACAGUAGCUACCACAAACCUUUUUCAUGUAAUUGGUUUUGAUUUUUAACGCUUCUCCACCAGAUUGCAAUACGGCACGGUGCAAAUCUGUGAUCAUGCAUUUUCUCAUUAUUUCCAUUGCUGAGCACCCAUUAGGCUUAAGCUGAUUCAUGAUAGUUACAGAAACAUUACUUCGCAUUUGAUGUCCUUUAAUUAUUUUCACAAGAUUUAUAGGCUGUACGCAUGCAAUUUAUAAAACCUACAGAAAAACUACCAAACCAUAGCAAGAACAACCAAACUAUAAUAAGGACAAACCACACCAAGAACAACUGAACCAUACAAAGAACCAACUAAACCACACUACGAACCACCGAAAGAUAGCAAGAACAACUGAACCACACCAAGAACAGUCAUACUAUACAAAGACUCAACCGAACCACACCAAGAAGUACAGAAUCUUAGCAAGAACAGCUGAACCACACCAAAAACAACUGAAGCAUACAGUCAACCAAACUACAUCAAGAUCAGCCGAACUACACCAAGAACAGCUAAACCAUACAAAGAAACAACCGAACGACAUCCUGGACAGCCGAACCAUAGCAACAACUCCCGAACCGCACCAAAAACUACCAAACCAUAGCAAGGGCAACCGAAAUACACCAAGAACAGUCAAACCAUCCAUAGAAUCAACCAAAAUACACCAAGAACAGCUAAACCACACCAACAACUACCGAACCAUAGCCAAAAAAAGCUGAAUCCCGUCAAGAACUACCGAAGCAUACGAAGAAUUAACUGAACCACACCAAGAACUUAACCAUACAAAGAAUCAACCAUCUCUGCUCCGAUCUAUCAUCUGGUGUGUAGGUACAGAUAAAAUGCAUUCAGAACUGGAUGCAAAAAGUCUGAAACCAUGGACUUGGGCCUUUGGCUUCGUCGCCUUCCUCUGUCGGAAACUGUGGUGUUAAUGAAAAUAGUCUUAUUUGUCUAUCAUUUCGUCCUGAUCACUUAUCGUCCCAGCCGUUGCCACCUCUUGAUCUUCAAACCAAACUUUUUAAGGUACCACCAGCUUUUAAAAUCAUUGGUUUGGUCCAGGUCACAGUCUGGAGGAUGUAAACAAGUGUAGUGUUGUACCAACAAUUGUCAGCGUAGGAAGUAUUUUUUACCGUGUAUUUCCAUCUACCUCUGGACCUCCGAAGGUCAAUAGGUUUUGAAAGAUGUCGACAGACAUCAUGCCAAAGCCAGAGUCUGGUGAACGUUCCUUAAAUCUUGUUGGGCUGGAAAGCUUCUUUAUGGUGAAGUACCACCAGAUAUGAAGAGCAAGAGGGUUCUAUAAAUAUAUAACCCUAAAGUUUUUCUUACAAACCAAUAUUUUUUGUGUGGAAUUGUAUUGCGCCUCAACACAAAGCCUUGCAACUGCUGUAAAGGCAACUUGGACCUCCAUCGCAUGUCUAUUGUUUAACCAAAUUGCGAGGGGGUUUUCCAAGUUGGGUAGGAGAACCGGAGAUCUGUUUAUUCAAACGUCUCACAUUUCUUUCAGAGCUCUGUUGCUCUGUUCAUUGUACUAGCCAAACACACUCCGUUGCUCAGAGCUAAGAGCCUGCCAACUGACGUACUGAAAAACUUGUUUUAAGAUGUAGAUGGUUAGAAGCUGUUUAGAAAAGUCACGAUGGGUGGAAUCGUUUCAUGCCGGCUUACAGCGUGACAGGAGGGAACUUUAUUUUUGUGAUGUAUUUUCUGCCUGUAAGUUUUAUCUCCGAACAGGAGUUAUUUUUCUGAUGCCUUUAAAAAGAUACGGAAAUAUUUUUUAUCAGCACGAUUGCUUCUCACGAGUACACGACAGAAGAAGUGAGGUUCCAAAACACCACAACCCGAAAUAGAAAAAAAAAUGCAGAGAAUAUUUUUUAUUUUAUAAAUCACUUAUGUAAAUAAGUAAGAGUUAUGUAUCAUUUCAAUGAUUUUCUUUUCUUUGAUCAGAGAUUUAUAUUAAAUUACAGUAAAAAAAACAAUGAUAAAUAAACAAGAAUAUAUGUUA